UGUGAAGCAAACAAAAUAAUAAUGGUUAUAGAGAAGAUAAUAAAAUGAAGAUAAAGAGAUAGAGAAUCAUUUGUCCAGCUGGAGUAUGAUGAUGAAGAAGGUAUGUCUCUUGUAUUCCACGCAGCAAGACAAAGGGCCACUCUCAGGUUGACUUUUGUCAAGCACACGCUAAGGCAACAUUAUUACUCCUUUGCUUUCUCUGGUUUUUAUAAUUUGUAUAUUUAACGGUCCAAUAAUCAUGCAUUAGUGUCUCACAGCGUGUCACAGCGUAUUCUAAUGUGAUUCCUUAAAGUAAAAACAAAACAUUACAAAUUUUAUAUAACCAAAAUGUAAUAGUACUAUAAAUAUAAAACUUAUUUCAUAGAAUAUAAUAUUUUCUGAUCUCACUGAAAUCUGAUAAUUACCUAGCGCAGGCUUUAUACAAAACGAAUUGAUCAUAUUAUUUGUCAAAACACAAUUUUAGCUGACAUUCUGGAAGAAGAUUUCAUAUUAUUUUUGAUAAAUGUAUAAGGUAACUAUUUUUUCUUUUGUCAACAAAUUUUAAUCCACCAUGCAUAAAGCGAAAUGAAAGUACGAGAAGUGACAUACACAUGUAUUUCUUUAUCUUCCAACAGGUAUAUGAUUAAGUAAUGACUUCAUGAUAACACAAAACAACUUUCCAGCCCUAAAUCAUUGUUUGUUAGACGUCGUCAAAAAGUUAUGUUAGUACAUUUGCAUGUUAGUUUUGUUAUGUUCAUUGCAUGAUUAAUUAAUUAAUUCUACACGAAAAUAACAAAAGACAUGCACCCACGUACGCACCUUCUAAUCUUUUAACUAUUUUCAAAUGAUUUAUCAUGUCGUCUUCUUCUCUUCUUCUUUUUUUUUUAUGACAAUUCAAAGAACCAAAAAUCCACGAUUCUGAUUUUGCAGCCGCUCGUUUCCUUUUAUUUAACCCUUCAAAGAAAAAUAAUGUACUUCCUUAAGAUAUAAAAGAUUGUAUAGUGGAGUACAAUAAACGGGAAGGUGAUGACAAUAGUAUUACCUUAAAGGGUUAGGUGCGACGUCUAAUUUAAUAAUGUUGACCAAAAUGGCAUAUUGGUUAAUGUUAGUAACGCAUUUUACAAUACUUGCUUAGUUAAAUACUAAACGGUUAAACAUUUCCUUUGAAAACUGUCGUCGCCAAUCACGGCAUAUAGCUUUGUCAACUUCCUAUCAUCAUCUCUUUAUUUUUUGUUCUUGUGUUUUCUGUUUUGUUUUCUCAACAACUAAAGUGUACAAUGUUCAUAUGCAAACUUUAAAUAAAGUGUAUAUACAUUUGUGAAAAUAAAUAAAGUCUAUAUACUUGAAAAGAAAUCUGUGAUAAAAUUUACACCAAAAGAAAUCUGAUAUAAACAUUAUUACUUCACAUAAUUAAAUAGUUUAAGCAAAAAAAAAGUUUAUAUAGUGAAAUUUCAAUCAAUUUACCUUAUGUACAUGCUUAUAAAAUUUUAUUUUAUUUUAUAAAGAAUAAAGUUCUACUUGUUAUUUUGAUAAAGACUAAUCACUUAAUAGUAUAUACUUAACAACGACAAAAACUUGCUAAUAGAGAAAAAAAUCACCUCUAUGAUCUUUUUCACAAAGAAACUAAUAAUAAAGAAAAAACAGAAACUAAAUGAUAAUUAAAUUGCCGAAAGAUGUAAAAGAAGAAAUCACUAAAUGCAAUUUAGAAAGCUAAAAAAAAAAAAAAAUUAAACAGAAAAAGAAGAAAUUAAAAAAAGCAAAGACAGCACCACAAGCAUUAAAAUAUUCCAGAAGAAGAAACAUCAAAGAAAGCUUCAAACCUCCUUCUCUUCUCUGUUUCCCUCCUUCUUCUCCCCCACAACCAAUGUAAACCCUACAAAGAUCUCUCUAAAGAUUUCUUAAAAUGGAGACAAUAAUUCGUUUCCUCUCUUCGUUUAUGUCCUCCCUUUAUUAACUCGAGCUCUAGUCUCCAUCUUUCAACCGAAAUUAGAGAGAAAACUUUCUGAAAAGAAGGUACACAUACACAUACAUCAGUUACAAAAAAAAAAUUAUAUACACAUACAUCAUACAAGUAUCUGUGAACUACAAUGGCGUCUGAGCUGAAACAAACUCUAACAAAGAGAUACGGUGCAGUUGAGCUAUGGGAGAUCAUAGUAAUUGCUCUCUUCGCAGCCUUCAUACUAAUCCUCGCCGUCUCAGUAUGGCUCAGCUUCCGUAAAAAAUCCAAAAGAUCCCACUUCAUCCAACUCCUCCCCAUAACCGAAACCCCUCGCCAUCAAGAUGAAAUCAAAGACAUAAGCGUUGAUCACGUCUCAUCACACAACAACAAUGGCACACCUCUAGAUGAGAAGUUCAGCGAGAGAGACAUUGAAAAUGGUGAUAAUAACUAUGAGAAACAUGUUCCUACUUCAGAAACAACUCAUUCUCCUCAUCUCUCUGGUCUCCAAGAAGGCUCUCACAUUGGUUGGGGUCAUUGGUUCACUCUCCGUGACCUUCAGGUUGCUACCAACCACUUCUCGAAAGAGAAUAUCAUCGGUGACGGUGGUUAUGGAGUUGUGUACCAUGGAACUUUAACUAACAAGACCCCUGUGGCUGUCAAGAAGCUGCUCAACAAUCCAGGACAAGUUGAUAAAGACUUCAGAGUUGAAGUGGAAGCAAUAGGACACGUCAGGCACAAGAACUUAGUUCGGCUUCUUGGAUACUGCGUUGAAGGAACGCAUAGGAUGCUUGUUUAUGAGUACAUGAACAAUGGGAACUUAGAGCAGUGGCUUCACGGAGACAUGAGUCACCAAGGACAUCUUACUUGGGAGGCUAGAAUCAAAGUUCUUGUUGGCACUGCUAAAGCGUUGGCUUACCUUCAUGAAGCUAUUGAGCCUAAAGUGGUGCAUAGAGACAUUAAGUCAAGUAAUAUACUGAUGAAUGACAGCUUUGAUGCUAAGUUAUCUGACUUUGGUCUUGCUAAGUUGCUUGGAGCUGAUAAGAGUUAUGUGAGUACUAGAGUCAUGGGUACAUUCGGGUAUGUUGCACCUGAAUAUGCUAACUCUGGUCUCCUAAACGAGAAGAGUGACGUGUAUAGUUUUGGUGUUGUUCUAUUGGAAGCUAUUACUGGGAGGUACCCAGUGGAUUAUGAACGGCCUAAAGAAGAGGUGCAUAUGGUGGAGUGGUUGAAGCUAAUGGUACAGCAGAAACAGUUUGAACAAGUGGUGGAUAAAGAGCUUGAGAUCAAACCAACGACAAGCGAACUUAAAAGAGCGCUUUUGACGGCUUUGAGAUGUGUUGAUCCUGAUGCAGACAAGAGGCCGAAGAUGAGUCAAGUUGCUCGGAUGCUUGAAUCUGAUGAGUACCCUGUGAUGCCUAGAGAGGAACGAAGGAGAAGGAAGCAGCCAAGAGAAAGCACAGAUACGAAUAAGGAUGAUAUCAUAGCAGAUGCAAAGAUUUAAGUAACAGACUAAAACAUCAAACCCUUUUAAUGACUUUGGGGUUUAAAAGAGGGAAACAUAUAGAUUCUUUGGAGAUUGUUUAGAAUCUUUACUGUUUAUAUGAGUUUAUUAUGUGAUAUGUAUAGCGAGAACAUCAAGAUUUGUUUCUCUUGUCUAGAGGAGGAGAGAUCUUUUGUAUAGCUUUGUUGUACCUUUUUUAUUACCUUCAUACUUUCAACAAAACUGUUAAGUUUCAGGCCACUUUCGUUGGAUCGGAUUGAUUUCAGUAUCAGUUGGGCAGCA